AUGCGUGUAGUGUGUAGCAGAGGCGGGACGCGGGGUGUAUGCGGACAUGAUGAAUUGGGGGGAGAGAGUAUGAAGAUCAGAGAAGAGACACCCAAACGUCAUGCGAGUCGUGCCCCAUUCAAAGGUACCGCACGUUCUAGAUGGCCUGUCGAUUUCAUCUUCGACCAUCCAUCGCAAGGCGUUCGCAAGUUCCCGCACCCUACCUCCGACCGUUCUCCUUGUCCUAGGCGCGAGAUCUCUGGUCUGGUUCUCAGCCGAUACUGUAAUGUAAUACCUUCCAGCGCAACCUGUCGCAAUGGUACUGCAAUGACCCUCUUGUUAGGGUACGAAGACGGUCCUUGUACCCAUCACAAAGCAUACCUCCAAGACGACUCUCCAAACGAAAUCGGCGAGAGGUCUUGUGGUGAUGUACCCAAAGCUGACGGAAGAGCGACCGUACCAAGACGUGGUGCUACAGGUUCAAUGUCUGUUCGAGCUAACGUAUCAGCCUGCUGGGUAGGUUGGUCAAACUUUUUGUCGCCUAUUUUCUCGAGACGUGGAGGUUGUGUAAUGUAUGUGGUAUCGACUUGGAUGCGAGGUAGUUGGCUUGGUCUUGGUAUCGCGUUAGCACUAGCUUGA